AUGGGGCGGGGAGGGUCAGAGCAUGCGGCUGCGCUCUCGAUCUCCUUGGAGGUGCGGGGGCUUGUAAAAGAAUGGGGCCCAGAAUGGACUCGGUCCUCUCUGCUGCAAUCUGGCCCUGCUCCCCAGCCUGCCCCUCACUCCCAAGGGAAGGGGUCAAGGGACGCCCCGCCCAGAUGCUCUGAAUUUGGGUGGUGGGGAGGCUUGUCUGGCUGGUUGAUGCAGGAAAGGGGCGGGCGUGGGGGAAAGGACGGAGCAGCCGUCAUCAUGUCAACUCCGCCUGGCAGGCCAGCCAGCACAGACCCCGAGCUCCGGCCUCCAGCCACGGUGCACGUUCACCCUGCUCCGAAAACCAGCGCGUAUCCAUUCUCUCCGCACUUGUCUCUAUCAUCCAGCUACCACCCCACCCCUUCUCUAUUCAUUUUUUACCGCUAACCUCUCUUGCCCCACCCCGCGUGCCCAAUCCGUCCAUCCACACCCACAGGACGAGCCAUCCUCACCAGGGUCCUCCUGCAACCGCUCCAGCGUCUGCUCCUUCGCAGCUCGGGUCCCCGCCCGGCCCGCACAGACUGGAGGGGAGGGGGGCUGGGACAACCCGCCGCCCGCUGCGCAGCCGCGCCCCUUCACGCAUGGGCGUGGCGUGGCUCAGACCCAGCCCCCAGCGCUUGA